UUUAAUUUUAUUAUUAUAUUUAUAAUUUUUUUUAUAUAAAAUAUAGAUUUUUAAAAAAAUUGGAACCCCUUAAUUAGUAUUAUACGGGGGGACACGGGCUUGGGCCCGGGGCGGUCGCACCGCUUGUCCCCCCCUAAUAAGCCGGCCCUGGUCUUGAUACGGGUCAUGUUAUAUCGUCGUCUCGAUCCAGUUUCUCUUAAAAAAAAAUCACUCAUCCUCCCUAACCCUAAUCGUCGUAUCGAUUCUCUUCCUCUCCUCCAACUCCUCCCGCAUAACGCCUCCGAUGAGAGUGCUGAUACUUCAAUUUUCUCCCAUAAAUCCUCCAUUCAAGAUCCCCACGGACCCUCCACAUUCCCCCUCCGGCUCAAUGAUAUCUAGAUCCCUAUUUAUACCCUUAUCACUCUUCCCUCAGAUCGUAAAAUCCAUACCCUUAUCAUGGCAAAAACAUAUUUGCCUUUGUUUGAAUCAGCUCUAGGACGUCGUCAACGUUUAUACGAGUGGGCUUGACAUCGAUCAAAGCAGUACAAUCAUGUUUGGCAGACAAUGAAGGUUUUGGAUGGAGUCCACACGCGGUCUCGGAUCCAUUUCGUCUCGGAUCCAUUUGGUGAUGCUUUCCAAUGGCUGGAGAUGUAGGAGAAACUAACGACAGAUUCUUCAAGGUAAGGCCUGAUUUCGUAAAUAUUUGGUAGGAGAUCCAUAGACACCGUCAAAAUCUCAAAAUAUUGGACUUUUUUUAAAUGUUAAUUUUAGGACUUAGUCAGGUGAAGCAGCAGUGGAUCAGGAGGCUAAGAUAGUUGUGCCUCCAAGGAAGGAGCCUGAGGUAGAGAAGAAAACAAAACCGGAGCAUGAGCAUGAGUCAGAGUUUGGAGAAGAAAAAGAGAGUAAGGAGAGGAAGGAGAAAGCGUCAAAGGAGAUAGAGAUGGGGAAUGCGGCAUACAAGGCUAUAGUUUUAUGUGAUUUGCUUGGUAAGUGGUUAAGUCUAAAUGUGAUCAUGUUUGAUUGCUGUGAAGAAAGCUUAGUGUUCUCUCUUUGACUCAUCCCUCCAUCUGUGCCUUUUUGGUCUUGCAAAGGUUUUUCUCACACAUUUUCAAUUAUCAAAAUUGAUUUUUUUUUGUCUUCCAGCUGUCUCAUUAAAAGGUCAAGUCUGAUACAAAAACUCACAGUUGCUGGUAUCAUUGGCAACUUCAUUCAGAUUUGACAAAGGGUUAACAUAGAAGCUACAAUAUAAUUGGUUAAUGCUACGUGAAGCUAUAACAAAAACACUCAGAUCAUGAUCAUGUUCUGUACAUAUUAGAAACUAUCAGUAGCUACCACUUCAAAGCAACUUUUGUUGCUUACAAGCAGUAUUCUGGGAACAAAAUGGAUAAGGUUAAUGAGAUCUUAAGUUUGGCUUACAUAGAUGUUUUUUUUAUCAUGAAAUGCUUCAUGUUGUUGUUAUAUUAUAGAUUUUGGCUUCUCAUUUGAUGUAUCAAAAACUCGAUGUUCCAAUUCCACUUUGAAAAAAGUUAUGAAAAUAAACAAUAAUCAAAGUUUUAUUGAUUUCAAAUGUUAUGAUGUAUUCUUUACGUAACUUUUGCUUAAGGUAUAAUUUGAGAUACUGUAACUUUGUCUAUUGUGUCACUAUCACAUACCAAAACAUCAUUUACAAAUUACAACUAAAUUCCCGCGCUUGCGCGGAGCCAACAUCCCAGUAUAUAUAAUGUUAUCAACUAUUUUCAUAUGAAUUUAAAGAAGAAUUGCUUAAUGUCUUUUUUCAUAACGAAAAGGAAUCGAACCAGUCUUUGUACCUUUAAAGUUUAAACUCGAACCAAACCUAUUUAUUGUCUCUAGUUAAUUGUCCUUUUUCAAAUUAUACUUUUAGUAGUUUAUAGAUAACUUCUCUUCUAUCAGAAUAUUUCUUGUCGUCAUUGAGUUCCUAAUAUUUGUGUUUCUUUCAUUGGCGUUUUCUACGAGCGGUUGUUUUGACCAGAGAAUAACCAAUCAAUACAAAGUAAUAAAAUUCGAAUCAGACCAAACUGAAGUUUAGAGUUGAAGAACGAACAAAACAAUGGGAGAAAAGGAAGACAAGAAAGACAAGAAAGAGAAAGGCGAGGAAAUCAUCACCGCCGUUUACAAGGUUCACCUUCACUGCCGGAAAUGUGCAUGCGACAUCAAAAAGCCUCUCCUUCGUUUUCAAGGGGUUCAUGGAGUGGAUGUUGAUUUGGAGAAGAACGAAAUCAAAGUAAAAGGGAAAAUAGAAGUGGUGAAGAUUCACAAGCAAAUCGAGAAAUGGAGCAAGAAAAAAGUUGAACUGAUCUCUCCUAAAUCCUCUGAGGUUAAGAAAACCAGCACAACAACUACAACUACUUCUGUGGUAGAGAAGAAAACCACCGAGGUCAAAAAGGAUGUUAUUCGCGAGACAGUACUAAAGGUACACAUUCAUUGCGCCAAGUGUGACCAAGAUCUUCAGAACAAACUCUUGAAGCACAAAGCUAUUCACAUUGUGAAAACUGAUACAAAGGCUCAAACUCUAACGGUACAAGGGACGAUAGAAUCUGCAAAACUUUUAACUUAUAUAAGGAAGAAAGUUCACAAACAUGCAGAGAUAGUAAGCUCAAAGACAGAAGAAGAAAAGAAAAAGGAAGAAGAGGAAAAGAAAAAGAAGAAGGAAGAAGAGGAAAAGAAGAAAAAGGAAGAAGAGGAGAAAAAGAAGAAAGCAGAGGUCAAAGUAGAAGUUACCAAAACGACUACUCAAAUUGUGGAGUUCAAAGAGAAAGAGAAAGUGAAAGUUGAGGCCCAGAAAGAUAAAGAUGGAAACAUACCUUACUUCGUCCAUUACGUCUACGCUCCACAGUUGUUCAGUGAUGAAAACCCUAAUGCUUGUUGCAUUGUCUAGUUACAUUGUUAAAUGUUCGUAAUGUCGUUGAGAAAUUAUACAAUAAACCCUCAAGUAAAAUAUAAUGAUACAAAUCAGAAUGAUGUGCAGACAUGCUGCUGUAUUAAUUUGUAUAUAUUAGAAACGAAUCAGUCAUAGAAGUGAAAAUUUAUUUUGGUAUUGGAUCACUACAAAAGCUAUUAGCACAGUUUGGAAUAAUUCAUAAUACAUUAAAGUUUCAUUUUUUAGUAUUAUAGCAAAUGUGACUUGAAAACACUGGUGAUGAGUAGUAGAGCACUUGGUCACGUUUUUUAUUUUUUUUUGUUUAAACUUGGUCACGUUUUGACGCUUGCAAAAGUGAUUCCGCCAUUUUUACAUUAACAAUAUUAAUCAAAAUUGCAGGUCUUCUCUUAAGAUUUGAGGGAAGAUUUGUGAGAAUGUGUUGUCUAUUUUUUAUUGCUUACACCACUAUAUAUAGUGGUUCAUACAAGGUGGAGUCAAAGGGAGAAUUGAUUACAAAGAUACUCUACCUAAUGAUAUGGUCAAACUCAUAAAAACUAAGGUUGAAUGGGUCUUCCAUGUGGCUGGAUGUAAACCCCCAAUGGACUCUAGUCUUGAACUUGUAUGGUCUAGGUUAUAGACCAUCCACUUCCUGAUUCAUAACACUCCCCCUUGGAUGCCAUAAC